AUGGCGGCGGUGGCGGCGGAGCCCGCGGCCGUGUUCGGCUGCCGGCCGGGGGUCGCCGGCGGCCUCUGCUUCUUGGAAGACCAGGUGGUGCUGCACGCGGCGGGGGCGGGCUGCCUCCAGCUCCACCUCCAGCAGAAGUGGCACAAGUUCAUCCCAGGCGCCAGGAGGAGCCGAGGCGUGCAGGCGCUGGCCGUCAGCCCCAGCCGGCGGUACCUGGCCGUCUCGGAGGCGGUGGCGGAGAAGCCGCUCCUGACGGUGUUCGAGCUGUCCCCGGUGCCGGCGCGGCGGCGGAGGAUGCCGGAGGCCGCGCAGCUGCCGGCGCGGCAGGCGGUGGCCCUGGCCUUCUCCCCCGACAGCCAGUACCUGGCGGCCGCCACGGCGCCCCCCGAGGGGCACCUCGCCCUCUGGCUCUGGGAGAAGCAGCAGCUGAUGGCCGCGCUCCGUGUCGAGGCCCCGGGCAGCGGCGUCUGCCAGGUGAGCUUUAGUCCUCAAGACAAUGCACAGCUUUGUAUCACAGGAAAUGGCUUUUUCAAACUUCUUAAGUACAGCGAAGGAAAUUUGAAGCAGACAAAUUUACGAAGGGAAGAGCCACAAAACUACUUGUGCCAUGCCUGGCUGUCUGAGGAGGAACUUAUAUGUGGCACUGACACAGGCAAACUCACCUGGUUUAAAACUGGGCAGCUGCACUUGGAGAUAAGUGUAGAGUACAAAAAAGCACCCAGGGAACUGGAAGAUGCGACAGAAGAACAUGAGAGUUCUUCUAAUGUUUCUUGUGGAGUAGCCUCUGAAGAUAAUGGUUCACAACAGGAUUCUUUGCCUCAAGUAUCUGCAAUUGCAGUCUAUUCCAAGGGCUUUGCGUGUUCAUCUAACCCAGGAGUUGUUCUUCUCUUUGAGAAAACCAAGGAAAUGGAAGUCUACCAGGAGAGUCAAGAAAUAUGGCUUCCUCAGGACCUGUACAGCAGUGACCCAAAGCAGUCAGGCAGACAGAACAUUUUGUAUAUAUGCUUCAGCCCCUCUGAGGAAACAAUGGUCGUUAACACAAAUGCAAAUCAACUUUACAUGUUUAAUAUGCUCUCUGCUGAUCUGAGGAAGGAGAAGGCAGCUUAUUUUACCUAUCUGAAUUUCCCAGUGCAUUCUGCUUCAAUCACUGGUCUGGACAUCUGUAUUUGGAAACCCAUUCUUGCUACUUGUUCCCUGGAUAAAUCUGUCCGCAUCUGGAAUUACAAGACAAACACUUUGGAGCUGUAUAAGGAAUACCGGGAGGAAGCACACACAGUAGCACUUCACCCCACUGGCCUUUUCUGUUUGGUUGGGUUUACUGACAAGCUGCGAUUUAUAAGUCUGCUGUAUGAGCACCUGCAUGUUUCCAAGGAGAUUGCUGUGAGGAACUGUAGAGAGUGCUCAUUCAGUAACAGAGGCCAUCUUUUUGCUGCAGUUAAUGGAAAUGUGAUUCAAAUUUAUUCCAGUAUCACCUUUGAGACUAUUAAUAACCUGAAAGGACAUAGUGGGAAGAUACGUGCAGUUAAAUGGAGCUUAGAUGAUGCUACAGUUGUCUCCUGUGACACACAAGGUGCUGUGUAUGAGUGGGAUGUGUUGACAGGUGAAAGGAAGUCAGAGUGUGUGCUCAAGUCCUGUAUCUACAGCAGCAUUGCCCUGUCUUCUGAUGCCAACAUCAUCUUUGCUGUUGGAUCUGACCAAACUCUCAAAGAAAUUUCAGACUCUUUGAUCCAGCUUGAAGUGCCUGCUUUUGGUGCUGUUUAUACUGCAAUAGCUAUUUCUCAUUCUGGGCAGAUGGUAUUUGUUGGUACAUCUCAGGGGACAAUUCGAGCUAUGAAAUACCCAUUACCUUUGACGAAGGAUUUCAACGAGUAUCAGGCCCAUGCAGGUGCUGUUACAAAGAUGUUCAUAACAAAUGAUGACCUGUUUCUGCUGACUGCCUCAGAGGAUGGCUGUAUAUUUAUCUGGAAAGUCCAUGAUAAACGAGAUGGGAUACUGGAAUGUGAAAAGGAAGCUGAAUAUGCUGAGGAAGUGCUGAUCCUGAGAUCAGAUAUAGAAGAGAAGAGUCAGACAAUACUAGACCUGCAAACUCAUGUGAAAGAGCUACAGACAGAAAGUUAUUACCAGCUACAUCUCAAGGAUGUGUACUGUGAUGAAAAAACAAAAGAAUUAGAAGACAAAUUCACUCGGGAAAUAGACUCCCUUAAAACAAAACAUCAGAUUUUACUGGCAGAGAAAGAAAAACAGGAGCUACACCACCAGGUUCAACUGUCUGAGCUGAUGAAUACACAGGCCAGGGAGGUGCAACAUCUAGAAUCUGACAGUAAUGAGAAACUUUUAAUGGAAAAUAAGAAAUACCAGGAGCUGCAAGAGAAAUCCCAGAGGAUGCAGGAGGAUUAUGAGAAAACAUUGCACAAUUUGGAAGAAAGCAAAAGCAAGGCUGUGGAGGAGCUAACAGAAUAUUAUGAGAGAAUAGUUAAUGAGAAAUCUCUUCAGCUGGAAGAGGCACAAGAGGAGAUGAGGCAGCAGCUUCAAGCACAUGAAGAAAUUAAGAAACAAAUUGAAGAAGAUGAAGACCAAGAAAUCCUGGAAAUCAAAAUCAAGUAUGAGAGACGGCUCUUGGAAGAGAAGGAAUCAAACAUACAACUGAAAGGAGAAAUAGGAGUCAUGAAUAAAAGGUUGAACAGCCUACAGAAGGAGCUCAAGGAGCGAAACAGGGACAUUGAGGAUAUGAAACUGGAACAGCAGAAGCUCCAAGGCAUCAUCAAGUCACUGGAGAAGGACAUCUUGGCACUGAAGACAGAUAUUCAAAAGGGAACCGACACUAUCCAAGACAAGGAGAAGAACAUACAUGACCUAAAAAAGAAAAAUCAGGAGCUGGAAAAGUUCAAGUUCAUACGGGAACACAAAAUAGAGGAGUUUAAGAAGCAAGUAGAGUCACAGGAAAGUUAUAUCAAAGGAAUGAAGGAGCAGAUCUGUGAGAUGGACAAGGAGCUGGGACAGUUCCACGAGGAGAGCACACAGUUGAAGCUGAACAUCACACAACUGCAACAGAAACUAAAGGCAACUGAUCGUGAGAUGUACAGAGAGAGGCAGAAGAAGCAAGAUAUGGAAACUCUCAUCACACGAUUUAAAACAGAUCUUCAUAAUUGUGUGGGCUUCAUUCAGGAUUCAAAAAAAAUGAAGAAUGGAAUCCGUGAGCUUUACACUAAGUAUGUGCAACAAUCAGACACGGUGGAGACUGAAGUGGUAGACACAGAUUUGCAGCAGGAGCACACAAGACAGCAAGAGUAUCUUGAGAGGAAUGUGGCAGCUUUAAAAAAGAAGUUGGCGAAGGAUCAGCAAAUCCAAAGAGCUGCCUUCUUGCGUGUCAUGCAGGAAAAUGUGAGUCUGAUUAAGGAAAUCAAUGACCUGCGGCAAGAACUGAAGGAGGCCCACGGCCAGAUACAUGACCUCAGGUCAAGACUCAAAUUAACCAAGAAAAAGCAAGUAAUUAAAGAUUCAGCUCCCCCCAGUGAACUGCUGUCCAGCCCAGCUGUCCUGAGGUUGAAUGCAGGGAAGGAAUGUGAGAAUAUCAUAGCAAAGCAGAGGCUAGAAAUUCAACGCCUGCGAGACCAAAUCCAGGAGAAGGAGCAAGUCCUUGCAGUUCAGCCUCUCUUAGAUGGAAGUCUUCCUCAGAUUAAUCUGGAAGAAAGCCACGAGACUCAGCAACAGUGACCUGGUUCAAGGAUGCCUCACAUUAUUAUAUUCUCCUGGCAAGAUCUGAAAUGCAACAGCAUAGAUUAGACUUCCUAGACUAUCCUAUAUUCUUCGACUACAAGCAUUUACGAAGCACUCACUGCUCUGAACACAAGGCACCAUCAGCCCCUUCUACUUUCCUGGAA